UGGAGCUUUUAUAAACAUCCUGCAUCAGGCCUUCCCAGAACACAGCCAAGCUCAAGACCAGCAGGUUUCGUGUUGAUCCGUUUCAGUGCCAUGGAAUUUACCAGCGCUGUCCUUUUAGCCUCUAAACUGACUUCCAAGAUACUGUCUGCAGGGACCCUGGCCAAAGUGGGUGGGGCAGCCUCUGGCAGUAUCUUGGCAGGACUUCCUUCCAUGGGGCUCACCCUGUCAUCUAACGCUGCCCUGGCCGGGGCCACCUCUACCCUGGGGAGCCUGCUGGGAUACCCUGCUGCGGCCCUGACUGCGUUCCCACUAGGAGCCAAGGCUGCUGCAGCUGCGGUGGGAGGAGCCGUGGCCGUGGGGGCUGUGCCCCUGGUGCUGGGCGCCGUGGGCUUCACCGGGGCAGGAAUCACAGCCUCUUCCUUGGCAGCCAAGAUGAUGUCAGUGGCCGCCAUCGCCAACGGGGGUGGAGUUGCCUCUGGCGGCCUGGUGGCCACUCUCCAGUCCGUGGGAGCAGGUGGACUCUCCCUGUCAUCCAAGGUCGUCCUGGGCUCUGCUGGGUCCGCCCUUGUGUCCUGCGUGGUGGGCCUGUAAGAGCUCCCUGUCACUCCCUCUGCAGAGAAGAGGACCAGGUAGUGCCCUGCCCGCCAGCCUGAUGCAGUAAGGGACCAAAUGCUGCAUCCCCAGAGGAAAAUAAGAAAUAAAAACGAGUUGUUGCA